AUGUUUGUCUACAAGCGAGACGGACGCAAGGAACGCGUACAGUUCGACAAGAUCACUGCUCGUGUGUCGAGACUGUGUUAUAGCCUCGACCCCGAGCAUGUCGAUGCUGCCGCUAUCACUCAGAAGGUCAUCUCUGGUGUCUACCAGGGUGUCACCACCGUCGAGCUGGACAACUUGGCUGCUGAGACUGCCGCUUACAUGACCGUUACACACCCCGAUUAUGCCAUCCUCGCUGCACGUAUUGCCGUGUCAAACCUUCACAAGCAGACCAAGAAGCAAUUCUCGCUGGUCAUCUCCGACCUCUACCACUAUGUCAACCCGAAAAAUAAAAAGCCAGCACCGAUGAUAUCUAAGGAAACAUAUGAGAUAAUUAUGAAACAUGCUGAUGAACUUAACUCGGCGAUUGUGUACGACCGUGAUUUCAACUACAACUUCUUCGGUUUCAAGACCCUUGAACGGUCGUACUUGCUGCGAGUGGAUGGAAAGGUUGCAGAGCGUCCUCAGCACCUGCUGAUGCGUGUGGCUGUGGGUAUUCACGGUGAGGACAUCGAGCGAGCCAUCGAGACCUAUCACUUGAUGUCCCAGAAGUACUUCACGCAUGCUUCCCCUACUCUGUUCAAUGCCGGUACCCCGCAGCCCCAGCUGGCUUCGUGCUUCCUGGUCGAUAUGAAGGAGGACAGCAUCGACGGUAUCUAUGACACCCUGAAGACCUGUGCGAUGAUCUCCAAGACUGCUGGUGGUAUUGGUCUCAAUGUUCACCGGAUCCGUUCUACCGGAUCCUACAUUGGUGGAACCAACGGUUCUUCCAAUGGUAUUGUCCCUAUGCUUCGUGUGUUCAACAACACCGCCCGGUAUGUUGACCAGGGUGGCAACAAGCGUCCCGGUGCUUUCGCCAUCUACCUGGAGCCCUGGCAUUCGGAUGUCUUCGAGUUCUUGGAUCUUCGCAAGAACCACGGUAAGGAGGAAGUGAGAGCCCGUGAUCUGUUCUAUGCUCUCUGGACUCCGGAUCUGUUCAUGAAGCGGGUUGAAGCCAACGGUGAUUGGACUCUGUUCUGCCCCAACGAAGCUCCUGGACUGGCCGAUGUUUACGGAGACGAGUUCGACGCUCUUUACGAACAGUACGAGAAGGAGGGCCGAGGCCGUCGCACUAUCAAGGCCCAGAAGCUUUGGUAUGCCAUCCUCGAGGCUCAGACCGAGACCGGAAACCCCUUCAUGCUGUACAAGGAUGCUUGCAACAAGAAGAGCAACCAGAAGAACCUGGGAACCAUCCGCAGCUCCAACCUGUGCACUGAAAUCGUCGAGUACAGUGCUCCGGAUGAGGUUGCUGUUUGCAACUUGGCUUCUCUUGCCCUUCCUACCUUUGUCGACGCCGUUCGUGGCGAGUAUGACUUUGGCAAGCUCCAUGAAGUCGUGCAGGUCCUGGUUCGCAACCUGAACAAGAUCAUCGACAUUAACUACUAUCCCGUCCCCGAGGCCAAGAAGAGUAACUUCCGUCACCGUCCCAUUGCUCUCGGUGUCAACGGUCUGGCCGAUGCUUUCCUUGCCCUGCGCUUGCCCUUCGACUCGGCCGAGGCGAAGCAGCUGAAUAUUCAGAUCUUCGAGACCAUCUACCAUGGCGCUCUGACUGCUUCCGCGGAGCUGGCCAAGGAGCACGGUACCUACGAGACGUACGAGGGCUCUCCCGUGUCCCAGGGUAUCCUUCAGUACGACAUGUGGGACCGUACUCCCACCGACCUCUGGGACUGGGAUGCUCUCAAGGCCAAGAUCGCGCAGACCGGCGUCCGUAACAGCUUGCUGGUGGCACCUAUGCCCACGGCCAGCACCAGUCAGAUCCUUGGCUUCAACGAGUGCUUUGAGCCCUACACGUCGAACAUCUACUCGCGUCGUGUGCUGGCGGGUGAGUUCCAGGUCGUCAACCCCUGGUUGCUCAAGGACCUGGUCGACCUUGGUCUUUGGUCGGACAACAUGAAGAACCGCAUCAUUGCGGAUGGGGGAUCGGUUCAGAACAUCCCCAACAUUCCCGCCGACAUCAAGGGCCUGUACAAGACCGUGUGGGAGAUCUCCCAACGGGCCAUCCUGCAGAUGGCGGCCGAUCGGGGUGCCUACAUCGAUCAAUCCCAGUCGCUCAACAUUCACCUGAAGGAGCCCACCAUGGGCAAGCUCACCAGCAUGCACUUUGCGGGCUGGAAGAUGGGUCUGAAGACCGGCAUGUACUACCUGCGGACCAUGGCCGCGUCUGCCCCCAUCCAGUUCACGGUGGACCAGGAGCAGCUCAAGGUUGCUGACACCAACGUCGCUCGGGCCGGCGCCUCGUUCAAGAAGCGGACAACCGGCGCGGCGUCCAACACGUACUCGGCGGUUCCCCGAUCGUCCGCGGGCGAAGUCAACGGGCACAACGAGGAGGCCACCAAUGGCGAACAGAACAGCCCUCGGACCAUCGCUGCGGAUGCGGCAACCCCUCGCGAGGAGGAGGUCGAGAACCGCACAUCGCAGGACGAGGACGGUGCCAAGGAAAGCGAGGCGCGGGAGAAUGACAUUUACUCGCAGCAGGUGCUCCAGUGUAGCAUUGAGAACAAGGAGGCCUGUAUAAUGUGCCAGGGUUAG